AUGCCAACAUGCCCCGUUGCCAUAUUUAUACCCGGAACGACGGCAAAAUUUGCGCGAAAUACAAAACCGUUGCUAUUCAUGGCAAUCAUAAGUGUCGCCGCUGCUGGGGAAUGCACUCCUGAUCAUCACAGGAAGUUCGCGCUCGAAGCCAGAAACUUUCUUGCGGGACUUGCCAUCUUUGAAGGGGAGAAGUCGUUGCAGCUCAUUCAGGCUCUGCUUGUUGUAUCAUUUUGGUAUAGGGCACCUGAGAACUAUGCACGAACGAAUCAGAAUCAACUUGCGUCUGUUACUUUGUCGAUGGCUAUUGAUAUUGGCUUGGAUCGAAUUGAAGAGUCGAAUAUCCCACAAAAGGUCGAUGAUCAAUGGAACCGAGCAGAGGCACAACGAACUUGGUUGGGCUGUUUUCUCUUGUGUUCGAGUCUUUCUUUAAUAAUGCGGCGUGCAAAUCCCAUGAAGUGGACUCCACAGCUCGGCAGAUACCUUGAUGAUCUGAGACAGUCAAAGCUAUCGUCUACCGAUGAAUUCUUCUGCGACCUUCUCACAACUGAGCACAGUUGCUAUGUUGCGAAUGAGGAAUUUUUAUUAAGUGACCCUAGCAAUUCGGUAUCUCUAUGGGGGCCAGACACAUUGAGCGUCAUUCAACGUAUAAAAGACCGAGCCAAUGGAGUGAGCCUUCGUGCCUACAAUUUCCUUCAAAAAUCUCUUUUCGAAUUUGGUAAGCUAGCCAGUUCGCUCUAUGCCUACGAGAUAGUUCUGCAUGUCAAUCACAACAUCGAUGAAUUCAAAGCGCCCUUUUCCGCAAACUCUCUCAAAUCACUUUCUUUUUUCGACAAGCAAAAUCCACAUAACACAUAUCUCUUGGUAAUCCGAAAGAUAAUGCAGGAUGCGCAAAGAUUGCUAGAUACCUUUAUGCAUUUAUCUACUUCCGAAAUACUUGCUCUGCCACCACAUAUCUACGCUGGUCGCGUAAUAUACGCGGUGAUACUCUUGAUGAAGUUGCACAAAGCAGCUUCAACAUAUGUGAAUGGAUUGAAUGAAGAAUUCUCUGUCGAAACGCUACGUCUAGAAGAUUAUAUUGAGCGACUUACGCUCGUUUCAAAACCUCUAGGCGCGGAAGACCCGUACAAUUCUUUGAGUAGGGCCUUCUUGAUCAUGCCCCAAUUGAAGGAGUGGCUUCAGGAUCAUAUGUCACAGUCGAAAAUCGAGAAGGAUGAGCAUAAUUUGCAGAAGGAGACACUCUCCGAAGACUCCAUUGAUCCGGUGCCUGCGAGUAUCAACCGGCAAGAGUCUUCACAAAGUCUACCACGUGAGGCGGAUGGGCGGAUUUACACACUCACAGGCUCUUCUAAUAUUUUAGGCGCGCCUGAAUCUCAAUCUGAAAAUCAGUUCACACAAAGUGAGGCUUCUGAAAACCCUGCUGGUAUAUUGGGCCGCGAGUUGGUUUCAGAUUCAUGGUUUUGGGAAUUUUUCAAUGUAGAUAUGCUCCACUAG